CUCACUCAUUGUUUUGGCAGGAUGGCCGCCUCUGUCAUUGACAGUAAUCAGCGACCACUACAGAAUGCCAUGAAACUCGUAAAAGUGGCCAUUCAGCUUGACACAAUCAACAGACACAAGGAGGCGUACUGUGAAUACUUAAAAAGCAUUAACUACAUAUCUCAUGCUCUGCUUGAAGAUGCAGAAUCUACACAAGAGGGAGAGCUGGAGCCAGUGGAAAUGGAAAAGAUGGUGAAACUGGUUGAGCAAUGUUUAGAGAGGGUCAAAUCUUGCAUAGAAAGAAAGCACAAGUCACCUGCAUCAGUCACCUCCACACCAACUCCACUAACCUCUCUCAAACAGACCACCCUUCCAGUUGUUGCUGUAACAAAUGAUGACAAAAUGACAGAAACAUCUGAGGCAGCAAUGGUUUGUAAACCGCAUCCUAAACUUCAACCCAACAGACAUCGUAGAGUCCUCUCAGAUGGAGGGGUGACAGGGUCCUCCUUUCUCCCACCUGAAGUCUUCCAGAAGUUUCAGACAGUGGAGUCACAAGACAACAGAAAGGAAUUGACGCCUAUUGAGGAGGCAUCACGUCUUAACCAGAAACUUAAGGCUAAUUAUGAGGCACGGAUGGCAAGACUUACUCCUGGUCAAGCCACUCAAAAGACUUCAUUGACCCUCUCACUCCAGAGGCAGAUGAUGGAGAAUCUGAUAAUAGCCAAAGCCAGGCAAGAUGCUCUUCAACGGAAAAUGGAGGAGAGGAGACUCCGGCUGCAGGAGGAAGCCAACCGGAGAUUUGCUACCUGUGGGACAAUGUCACAAGAGGAACAAGAGCAGCGAUUACUUUAUGCUAGCGUGCUUGAAUACGAGCAAGAUCAUGAAUGGCCAAAAAUUUGGAAGGCUAAUUUGAAAAAGAGUCCAAAUGAUCCGACACUGGUUUCAGGUCUUAUCGCCUGUCUUUUCAGCUGCCCAGAUCACCCAGUCAUGGAGUUGUUAAAGAGGCUUCAGUACAGGGUGUACAACAGUCUGUACCCCAUAGUAAGCCAGCAUGCUCAUCUGAGCCCAAUGCCUGGUUGCUCACUACCCUUAAAGCCCUCCCGCAGUGCCCAGAGCCUGCUCCUCUCUGACAUUCCCAUCUCGCCACAGCAGCAUCGAAACCCACUCAAAUCAGCUCUUAAACACAGUUUAUCUGAUGCCUCUAUCUCCCUUUCCCUGUCCCAUGACCUCAAUGCCAACGACACAAAGUCGGAGGCAGACCCGGACGAGCCCCCAUCUCUAGGUGGUACAGAUAGGGAGAACUCCUUUGAGGAUCUGGAAAGUUUCCUUACUCAGCUGGACUGGGUUCCUUCUCACAGUAGUGAAGACACAGAUUCUGAUGUGAUCAUAGACACGACGCACAUGGACCAAGGAAUUCAUAUUCAAGAUCUUGAGGAGCGUGCCCUGAAAGAACAUCUGAAGGCAAUAGUCAAAGUCAUCCACAAUUCUAUCGAUCGCCUGCUGUCUCUGUGUCUACUGUCCUUUGAAUGUCUCAACACUGCAAGUUCUAAAGACCAAUGCGUGGCGAGUAUAGAGGAAGUUUUCUUCACCCCCAUUUGGCGCCCACUGUUGGCACUGUUUAGGAAGGUGCAUCGAGAACGGGAGUUGGCUGUUGAGAGCAGCAUGCGUCUUUAUCAAAAUGUUUUGCCAAGUGAUGUUGGUAUAGAACCUAAAUUGUUCCCCAGAGACCCUGCUGUGCUGCACGGUUCCUACCCAUAUGAGUCAGCAGUACAGGAGCUGAAACUUCUUUGUAGAGACUAUUGUCCUCAGAAGAAACUGGAGUGUAUUGUUCGAGCCCUACGAAUUAUCUGUGCUUGUGCUGAAGAAUACCGCCUGCUGCAAGAAAAUGACCCUUCACCCAAAUCAGCAGCCAUAGGGGCCGACGACCUGCUGCCCAUCCUGUCGUUCGUGGCUUUACGCAGUGAACUGCCUCAGCUAGUCUCUGAAUGUGCUGCGUUGGAAGAGUUCAUCCAUGAGGGGUAUCUGAUCGGAGAGGAGGGGUACUGCCUGACGUCAAUGCAGAGUGCACUGACCUAUGUUGAGUCAUUGUUCUUGGGUGGGGCGCCACCCCCCGCUGCCAAACUCACCUGAUGUGAUGUAGCCAGCAGAAAUAUCCCAUCCUCUUUUGGCUGCGCUCGCACAGGAUCAGCUCUUCUGCUAAGCCCGUUUAGUCACAGAUCUUGCCAUCCUGCAGUUUCUUUAAAAUCUAUCUUGCAUACCUUUCUGCACUCUGAAGGGACUGGUGAAGGCCAUGCGCUGUUUUGGUCACUACAGGGAAAGUUCAUCAGAAUGUGAUUAGACCUGAUAUCUGUGUUGUAGCCAAGGUAAAAAAAAGAAAUGUAAUGAAGGGACUUGUUGAAAGGUAAUGCUAUAUUAUUGUAAAUGGAAUGAAAUCUAAUGACAUGCUUUUUAUUUUCAAGCCCUAUUAAAUUAUUUUGUUCGAAUGGUUUUUCCCAAAUGAAACAUGAGACUAAAUGUUAGCCUCAGGCAUACAACCAAUUUAUUAAUAUACAAUAUUAAAAAGAGUGACACUAAUUUAGUUUUUUGUAUUUUAGCUCAGAAUUUUAGCCUUUGUUUGAGCUAAAUGGGCAGGAGAAAAUGGAUAUGAGUGGAUGAUUGUAAAUGAUAAAUUGUUGAAACUAGUCAAAUCUUUUUACACUGAGCUCUGUCUUUCUCUUGUGAGUCAAAAUACCACUAUGCAUACAUGCAUCAUGUUAGUGUAUGGUUCUCAUUAAGCAGUAGGCAUAAUAGAUUUUAUAUAUAUUUUUUAGAAGUUAUUUAAAUGUUUUUCACUCCACAAGUUGAGUAAGUGAGGUCUAAAAUCAAUGUGAAAAAAAAAAGUUUGGAUGUGCGAUGAAACGCUAAUGCUGCUGUACCAUCUGUCUUCAGUCAGAUCAGAUGUUACUGAUUUGAUGGGAUAUAAAAUUAAUUAGCCAUAAUAUAUAUUUAUAUGCUUUGUGUGAAAGUUAUGUUUUGUAUUUAAUGCAGACUGUAACAGAGACUGCAAUAUAUGUGUGUGUGUUGUUGCUUAAGAACUGUUGUGUGAAUUAUAAUGUGGAUGUACCCUGAAUCGUCUCUGUGCUGGAGAGCCAGAAACCAUGCAGGUUGACAGUCAACCAAUAAUUCUUUAUAAGACUUUGGGCGAAUGCACAUAGGCAUGGUUUACAAGUGCAUGGCAUGUGAAUAUUCUAAUAAUAAAGACUACGUAACCCUUGAACUUUUUAGUACUGUUGGGGGUGUUUCCAAACUCUACUUUAUUCUCUCCGCUCCCAUUCUAAAACGCCACAUUUUAAAUAAUUUGUUAAAAUUAGACAAGUCCUUUUUAUUUAGGGCAGUCUGGGGAGCUGGUUUAGGCUUGGUUGUUCUUCGAUAUAGUUGGUAGAAGAGGGUGAGCGACUGCACAGAGGGUGGCAGGGAUGCCUGAUGGGCAAAUGGCUGGAUUGUACCGAAAGUUUCCGGGCCAUAGGAGAAAACAUGCCACUCUGAAUCAGUAGGCUUAACCUCUGUCCUAGAAUACCCUCAGCUGCACAUGAACAUUACUCUAAUGGCUUCACUAUGUGACUCUUUGUCUAUGGGUGGCCUUUUAAAUCCCUUCCAGUCCACUUGUCUUGUCCCUCUACAUAAACGCCCCAAUUCCUGCCUGUGUUUUGGAACUGGCACCCAUGGGGUCCAAAAUAGUCUGCGAAAAACCUUACAGGCAAGCAUCAAAACUUUGUGAGAGUACUUAAAGUUUGCAAACCCUGUAGAAUGAUCUGAAUGCAUUUAAUUUGAUCUGUAAUGAUAGAUUAAUAUAUGAAAUCUGGAUAUUAUGAGUGAUUUCAAGGCUAUCACUAAUAUGGGACCCACUUGGUGUCUUUAACUAUUAUGUACUUUAUUAUGUAAACAUUUUUUUUUUAAUUGUACUUGCAUCUAAAGUACCUGCAUUUAAUUGCACUGUUAGCAUUAUGCCUAAACCUACCCCAACCCUAACUUCAAUCUAAACCCUAACCCUACUCCAGCCCUAAUUCUAAACCCUGAAUCUCAAGCCAAGUAGCAGCUAAUGUGAAUCUUGGGAGAAUUUUGUAAUUAAUGCAUUGUACAGUGGUAAGAAAAAGUAUGUAAACCCUUUAGAAUUACAAGAAAUUUUGUAUAAAUUUGUCUUAAAAUCUUUUUAAAAUAAUGGCACACAAAUUAUUAUAUUGUUCUUGUACAUACUGAAUACAUCAUUCAAAAUGUACAGUGUAGAUUGGAAAAAGUAUGUGAACCCCAAGACUAAUGAC